AUGGCGGGGGACCUGGUGGUCGGGAUGCUCUAUAACUUGUUACUUCCACUGCUCCUGCUGGCUGCUUCUUCAUUUCGCUACAAUGGUCUGUCAGUGGUGUAUUUUCUGUUCCUGCUCGUCUUACCGCUGAUGCCGAACCCCAGCCUGGUCACCCUGAAAGGGAAAACGGGGGAAUUCCUGCGGCUUAUCAUCUAUACCAGUGUGAUCUUCCUGGCCCUGCAGUGCUUCAUGCAGAUCCCCUUCACCUACAUCCCUCAACAUGUUAGCGGCCACUUGGACGAUUUCCUCUACCACCUGGGCGUUGUGAGAUUCAGCUCGGUAGAUGCAGGGAACAUUGUACGUCUUCUGGCCCCGGAUGUGGGCCUCUUCUUUUCCUCCCUGUUCAUACUGAGACUUUGCAAAAAGCUACUGCGCCCCUUACCCCAAGUCAGUCUCCAUGAAAACGGAAUACCCCCGCCCGACCCCGAGGAAGUGGACACCUCUGAAGCCGAGUCUGAGGAGGGGACCGAUUCGGAGGGCUCCUCCUUCGACAGCUCAGACCAGACUACUGUGCCGGUUCAGGCGACGCCCCCCCAGUUCGUCCAGAAGCUGAUCGUGUUUGCAGCCGGACUGAGGAUGCUGCUGUCCGCAGUCAUGAACACGGCGGGGAUAGUGGUGGUGACCAUCCUGCUGGGGCUGGCAGGUAUCACGCUGCCCUCCCUCACCUCGGGUGUGUAUUUCGGGGUGUUUCUUGGACUAGUAUGGUGGUGGGUGCUCAGCCGCCCCGUCGGCCUGCUCCUCUUCAGCUCCCUGUGUGUGAUGAUGGCCAUCUUCAGCGGGGGACACCUGCUGGCUCUGUACCUCUACCAGUUGCCCUUGUCCCAGCAGCUUGUGCCACCAGAAGACGUCUACGCCAGGCUGUUCGGUAUGACAGGUGUGAUCAGAACCAACACUUCGGACCGCAACAGUCUUGGUCUGCACCCACAUGUCAGCUGGCCUGACUUCAUCAACCCUUUGGUUCUGCUGCUGCUGUACUACACACUGGUGGCUCUGCUGCACAAAUGGGUCCACAUCACGGAAGAGGUUUGUUUGGCGUUGCCGCAACUUGAUCCUGUUGAUGUUGAGGAACCUGAGAGUCCAGUAGAAAGUCCAGAUGCUCCUCCAAGCUUCUCCAGGGUCAUCUACAUCUCAGGAGAUAAGCAGGAGCUUUUGAGCAGCACAGAUGAUGAAACCUAUCUACCUGAUGAGCCCAUGAUCUUAAUGACGAGCAGUUCCUGGCAAGAGGUCCACAGAAGUGAUCUGGGAUCUGUGUUAGGAGGCGCAGGUUACACAGACUCUUAUCCUCCACCACAGUAUGAAGGCAAAGGCUCACCAUCACACGAGGCAGAGAGUGAGGGAGAAGUGGAGGAGAGGAGUGAGGAGGUCCCUGAGAGCCCGGCAGAGACUGUGCCUCCCCCCUCAGGCCCAAGUGGUCUGGUCAUCUUUGGGCAGCUGGUGCAGAAACACAGCUAUGUCAGCGCCCUGAUCAUCAUGAUGGUUUGGAGCAUCACCUACAACAACUGGCUGACGUUCGCCCUGCUGGUGUGGUCCUGUAUCAUUUGGAUGAUGAGAGACCGGCGGCGGUACGCCAUGAUGUCCGCCCCGUUCCUGGCCGUCUACGGCACCGUCCUGGUGCUGCUGGGCUUCCUGAGCGGCCUGCGCCUGAGCCGGGCCGAGCUCUACCCUGGUCUGCCCCCGGCUGUCAUCGUGGACUUCGACCUGAACAGCUACCACCCGGCGCCCUGCGCCCACCUGGGAGCAAAGGUCCUCUACAGCUUCAGCUUUUGGUUGAUGUUUCGUCAGCAGCUGAAGGAGAGGCAGGAGGAGCAGAGCUUGAAGGAGGAGUCUCUAGACGAAGUCAAAGUUGUGCCACUGGAGGAAAGUCAGCCAUCACCUAUCAUAGCGAUGCUGAUCUCAGGAGUGAAAGGGAUGCUGGUGAAAUACUGGAUACUCUUCUGCUGCUCCAUGUUCUUUGUUAUCAGCUUCUCUGGAAAGGUGGUCGUGUACAAGAUCCUCUACAUCGUCCUCUUCCUCUUCUGUGUUGUCCUCUAUCAGGUCCGUUAUGACGUGUGGCGCCGGCUCCUGAAGACGUUCUGGGCGGUGGUGGUCGGUUACUCCAUGGUGGUGCUCAUAGCCAUUUACAUGUACCAGUUCAGAAGUGUGUCGGGGCUGUUCAGACAGAUCAUGGGCAUGUCGGAGGAGGGCCUCCGUGACCUGGGUCUGGAGCGGUACGACACAGUGGAGCUGUUUGCACGUAUUCUCCUUCCCGCUGCGUUUCUAUUGGCUUGUAUCCUCCAGCUGCAUUACUUCAACUCAGACUUCCUGACUCUCACAGACCUCGAUAAUGUACCUGUCAGACAGGCUUCCAGAGAGGAAGAACUCAGGGCUUCAGUCAAUGUGAUAUCUGAUAUGAUUAAAGAAAACCUUGAGAAGUUCCAGAAGAGGCUUGUGAAGGAGAAGGUGGGAAGCGGGAAAAGUCAGGAGACUCUGGGUGACGUCGGACUACAAACCUCCUUUGAGAAAUCAGCUGAGGAUCAAGAGGACUCAACAGGAGAAGGAACGGUCCCCAGCAGUCAGGCGGACAAGUGGAUUGUGAUCGUGGACCGGGCGAGCCUGCUGAUCAUCCAGGCGCUCUCCGGAUUCCACAAGCUCCAGGAGCUGAGCUGGAGGCUGCUGGAGCUCCACAGCCUCAAGAUCGUUUCCUCCGGCAUCAUUUGGGUGUCGCUGCAGGAGGUUUCUCUGAUGAACUCCGUCUUCCUAGUGCUGUGGGUGUUUGCCCUUCCGUUCCCACGGUUACGACCUCUGGCGACCAGCAUCUCUGCUGUGUGGGCCUGCGUCAUGGUGGUGUGCAAGAUGUUCUACCAGCUCAAGGUCAUCAAGCCCCUCGAUUACUCCUCCAACUGCACCGCUGGCGUGGUACCCUACAACAGCUCGAGCCUUGAUGAUGGCGUGGAGCUGAGGGGAAACAUGAUGGAGCUGCUCAGGAGGUCUAUUCUCUACAUUGAGCCCGUGGACCCUGUGUACUGGUGUGGAGCGCUGCGCAAGUGUGAGGGCAGGAUCCUCCCCUGUCUCAGGAAUCAUCUGAUGGUGCUGGGCCUGCUGGCGUUCGAGGCGACUGUCCAUCGCCACCAGCUCUACUUCCGUCUCCACAACGACCUGAAGACGCUGCCCUUCAGCAUCAUCUUCCAGGGAAUCACGAGGCAGCACCUGGAUCACGGUGUCUUGCCCUGCAUCAAGUACUUCAUCAACUUCUGCUUCUACAAAUUUGGACUGGAGAUCAGUUUAAUUGUGGCCGUCAAUGUGAUCGGUCAGAGGAUGGAUUUCUAUGCCCUGCUCCACUCUUGCGCCUUAUUGGCUGUCCUGUCACGGCGACGCAGGAAGGCCAUCGGGGAGGUGUGGCCUAAAUACUGCUGCUUUACAGCAGGGCUCAUGGUGCUGCAGUACCUGCUCUGCAUCGGCAUCCCUCCCGCCAUCUGUGUUGAUUACCCCUGGAGAACUGCAGUUAAACCUUUGACAUCGAAUGUCAUCAAGUGGUUUUUCCUGCCGGACUUCGCCAUGAGUCCCAAUCCUUUAUUCAUAUUCUACGACCACCUCCUGUUGCUGUGCUCGUCCCUGCAGUGGCAGGUUUUCGAGGAGGAGAACCGGGCGGCGGUGCGACUGCUGGCUGGAGACAAUGUCGAGAUCAGCCGCAGUCUGGAUCCGUGUUCCUUCAACCAGUUCAUACCGGUCAAUAACUUCCUUCACUGCAGGUGCUACCUGGACAUGGUGAAGGUGUUUGUGUUCAGCUACUUCUUCUGGCUGGUGCUCUGCCUCAUCUUCAUCACCGGCACCACUCGGAUCAACAUCUUCUGUCUGGGCUACCUGGUGGCCUGCUUCUACUUCAUGCUGUUUGGAGGCAGCGUGCUGAUGCAGCCCGUCAGAUACAUCCUGCGUCUGUGGGACUGGCUCAUCGGCUACACCUGCUUCGUGAUCGCCAUGAAGAACCUGCUGUCUUUCGGUUCUUGUGCCUACCUGGACAGCCUGCUGAAGAACGGCUGCUGGUUAAUUCAGGCCUUCAGCAUGUUCUGCACCAUCAAAGGCUACGAUGUCCCUGUUCCUGAUGAUGAGUGCGAGCUGCCGGAGGGCGAGGCCGGAAUCGUCUGGGACGCGAUCUGUUUCACUGUGCUCCUGGCGCAGAGGAGGGUCUUCCUCAGCUACUACUUCCUCUACGUGGUGUCGGACCUCAAGUCGUCCAAGAUAUUGGCCUCCAGGGGUGCGGAGCUGUUUGAGGCCAAGGUGAAGAAGCUGGUAGCAGCCCGACUGGAGAUGGAGAAGAAAUCUGUGGAGACACUGAAGAAACAGAUGGAGAAGAUUAAAUCUAAACAGAAGAGUCGUCCCGCACCAGCAGACCAACCAGGAACUCCUGCUGAACAGGAGCAGGUGACGCUGGGCGAUGAUGAGAAGGCAAAGAGAGAUGCAGGGAAAUGGUGGAAGCCUUGGGUCUCUCAGCCCGGAGUGGAAAACAACUGUGGCUACCACCUGUUUGAGAGCGACACUGAGGAGGAAGAGGAAGAAGUCACGGAGAAGAAAGAGGAGGAGGAACCACCCAAGAAGAAAUCUGCUUUCCAGCUGGCCUACAACGCCUGGGUGACCAGCUCUAAGUCGGCCCUGAAGGACCUGAAGAAGGAUAAGAAGAUAAGAAAGAAAGAAGAGAAGAAGAGAGCUAAGAGGGAGCUGCGGAGACAGCAGGGCAUUGAUCGAGUGGACUCUAGCGAGGAUGAACUGGAGGAAAGCACUGUGCAGGAGGAGGCGGAGGAGGAAAAAGAAAACAUCCUGCAGCGCGUCGUCAGCACCCUGAAGUUCAGCUGGGCGUUCGUCCAGUCUCUCCUCGAUGACCUGACGGAGGGGCUGAACUCCUUCUGCAAAGACAACCUGGACAUUUCCAAAGUGCUGCGCUUCGAGCGAGCGCUACUCAAGCAGCAGCAAAAGAAGGGCAAAGAGGUGAGCCAGGAGAGCGUAAAGCAGUUUUAUGAGAACUGGCUGUCCCGUCAGAAUACACAGUCGUCACAGGAUUACCUAGAUGACCCCUUGCAUCCUCCUCCCUCGCCGCCCAUUGUCCACUCUUCACACCAUGCGUACGCCAAGCUGAGGAACCAGGCCUCCAAAGUGUCCUGGGGCAGCAGCGUUUCCAGCUGCAUGACAGACGAGACGAUGCUGGGCUCCCGGCAGCCGACCCAGGAGGAGCUGGACGAGCCUCCUGCUGUGCCGCCUGCUGCUGACCAGCUCAGGCGCCGGCUCCUGAAAACGACCAACGUUGACUUGGCCUCCUUUGAGACUGAUGAACUUUCGCCAAGCUGUGAAGAUGGCGCCGCUCCAGAGCAAGACCACAAAGAGGAAGAGGAUGCUGGGGAGGACACAGAGGAUGAGAGGAAACCUGAGCAUGAACGUGACGACAGAGAGGAAGAGGAGAAGGAGGGACAGCAAGAAGAGGAUCGUGAGGUCGAGAGAGAGGAGCUGGACGAGCAGCAACAGCGGAGAGAGGAAAUUGAAUGUGAUGAAUAUUCAGGAAGCAUCUCGCUGGAUUUCAUGGAGAGUGAUGGAGAGAAAAGUCUCGACCUCGUGGAAUCUCCCAGGCCUCUAAGUCAGGAAACGAGGAACCUCACUGCCAGCGAGCUGCUGCUCAACAACAUGUUUGAAAAUGAUGAGAUCUCCGACUCGGACAAGUUCUUCGUGACGUUGCCGAGGCCGCUGAAGCUGCUGUUCGCCCUCUACAACACCAUGGUGUCCAAAUCAGAGAUGCUGUGCUACUUUGUCAUCAUCCUCAACCACAUCGUGUCGGCUUCGCUGCUCUCACUCAUCCUGCCCAUUCUCAUCUUCCUCUGGGCCAUGCUCUCUGUGCCCCGGCCAACCAAACGCUUCUGGAUGACCGCCAUCAUCUACACAGAGCUGACUGUUGUGGUGAAGUACUGCUUCCAGUUCGGUUUCUUCCCCUGGACCACCUCGGCCUACAGAGGCAUCAACGCCGAGCGGCCCUUUGCCCUGCCCAACAUCAUCGGGGUGGAGAAGAAAGACGGCUACGUCCUCUUUGACCUCAUUCAGCUGCUCGCUCUGUUCUUCCACCGGUCUAUUCUCAAGUGCCACGGGCUGUGGGACAACAAGGAGGUUGAGAUGCCUGAUUUCUUCAAGAAGCUGAAGAAGAAAGUGGACAAGAAGAAGAUGACCGGUGGAGAUAAGAUGGGCGGCAGAGGGAAACCAACACGUCGGCUGAAGUUCCUCCCUCUGCAGGCCUCCACCACUUCCAUGUUCUGCAGACGAAAGAGAGGCGACUCUGCAGGAUCUCAGCAUGAGGUGAAGCCCAAGAAGCAGCACAGCAAGAAGACGAGACAGCAACGAAACAAGGCUCCGCUGACCAGGAAGCAGAGGAUCCGCCAGGAGAUCAGGGAGAGGAUGCUACAGGCCAAAGCUGCCAUCAUAGAAGUCGCCCUUCACAUUUACUUACCCAUCAGGCAGUUUUUCUACGACAUCAUCCACCCAGACUACAGUCCUGUGUGUGACGUCUAUGCCCUCAUGUUUCUCAUCGACGUAGUCAACUUUAUCGUCACUAUCUAUGGCUAUUCGGCCUUUGGGAAAUACUCGUCAGCGGCCGACAUCACAGAGUCCCUGUCGGAGGACCAGGUUCCAGAGGCCUUCCUGGUCAUGCUGCUCAUGCAGUUCGGCACCAUGAUAGUGGACCGGGCUCUCUACCUGAAAAAGUCCCUCCUGGGAAAGUGUGUUUUCCAGGUGGUGCUGGUGUUUGGCAUACACUUCUGGAUGUUCUUCAUCCUCCCCGGGGUCACCGAGAGGAGGUUUAGCAGGAAUUCCAUCGCUCAGCUCUGGUACUUUGUGAAGUGCAUCUACUUCGGCCUCUCUGCCUACCAGAUCAAGUGUGGCUACCCCAACCGCAUCCUGGGAAACUUCCUCACCAAGAACUACAAUUACCUGAACCUCUUCCUCUUCCAAGGGUUUCGCUUGGUUCCCUUCCUGACGGAGUUGAGGGCGGUGAUGGAUUGGGUUUGGACCGACACCACUCUGUCUCUGUCCAGUUGGAUUUGUGUUGAAGACAUCUAUGCUAACAUAUUCAUCCUCAAGUGCUGGAGGGAAUCUGAGAAAAAAUAUCCCCACAUUCCAGGGCAGAAGAAGACGAAGGUGGUGAAGUACGGGAUGGGAGGAUUCCUCAUCUUCUUUUUAAUCGGCAUCAUCUGGUUCCCCCUCCUCUUCAUGUCACUGGUCCAGUCAGCAGCCGGAGUCACCAAUCAGCCAGUGGACGUCUCCAUCCAGCUCAGCAUCGCAGGAUACGAGCCUCUGUUCACCAUGAGCGCCCAGGAGCAGAACUUGGUUCCGUACACAAAAGCUGGAUUCAACCGACUCACCAAAGUCUACGCCACUCAUCCAUCUGCCAUGCAGUUCAUAAUGAACUACUAUGCAGAGGACAUUAUUGUUGCCAAGGUCAAGAGUGAUGCCAGUCUGCUCUGGAGCAUAAGCCCUGCCAGUCGAGAGGCCAUGAUACGGGAGCUCAGCAACUCCUCUCACAUAUACAUGACCUUACGCUGGACGCUGCUGAGGAACGCGUCCAUCUCACUGAACGCGGAGACGGUGGGAGAGCACACUGUGAAGUUUGAGGACAUGACCUUGAGAGAAGGGAUCGUCCACAUGCUCAAAGGCAACAGCAGCGAUCCUGUGCUCAUUCACUCUCUGCUGCCAAAGUUCCUCAGGGGUCCCAAAGGACCAGAGUCCAAAAUGGCAACCAGGAUGAAAGUAGAGCACUCUGACCGCCCAGACCUCCAGGCACUUUCUUUCUUCAGGCCCAUGUCAGUCAAACUUCAACAGGUCAACAGGACGUCGGAGAAAGAGGGGGGCCAGUGGUGGGUGGUGGAGGAGUGCUCGCCUGUUCCCACUUCCUCUCAGCGCAAGUGUCACAGCAUAGAGAUAGUGGUGUUCAGUGAUAAAGUCAGCCCCUCCAGCCUGGGCUUUUUGGCUGGACACGGCAUCGUGGGUCUGUACAUGUCCGUGGUGCUGGUCGUCGGAAAGUUCGUCAGGGAGUUUUUCAACGGCAUCUCCCGGUCCAUCAUGUUCGAGGAGUUGCCAUGCGUGGACCGCGUCCUGAAGCUCUGCACGGACAUUUUCGUGGUCCGGGAGACGGGAGAGAUGGAGCUGGAGGAGACAAUGUUCGAGAAACUCAUCUUCCUCUACCGAUCGCCGGAGACCAUGAUCAAGAUGACCAGAGAGAAGAAAGACAGCUAGGGUUCGACAGUACACCCUGCUACAUCCCCCCACUCAGAAUGGAUUGUGUUAAGGCAUAUCAAACUUGGUGCAGUAAAAUCAACAUGAAUGCAGUAUGUGUGGUAAAAGUGUAAACUUGAAAAAAAAAAUGAUCCAGUUGUAAUGAAUAAUUCUGAGUGAAAUUAGAAACAAUUUUUGACUGUUAUAUUAAUGUUAACAUCUGGCCAUGGACAUUUUUUUUUUUUAGUGGAUCAGUGAAACAUUUUUCAAUGCACAAUUCAUAGAUUAAAAUUUUUUAUUGAUUGGAUUUACAGACUGUUUUUAAGUUCAAAGAGAAUAUCCAUGUUCUGAUUGCCUUGUAUGAAACUUAAGUUAGCUUGUUUACUUACACUUGUGCUCAGUUCCAUGCAAAGAAAAUUCACUCCUUUUAAAUUAGUUCAUUCAGGCAAAUUAUUCAGUUCAUAGUUCAAUAAUUUACAAUGCACUUAAACUGUUUCACCAAUUAAUCUGGACUGCAGUUAAAUCAAUUUAAGUGCCUGCUACUUUAUUUGCCAAUGUUAAUGUAGUUUUUCUGCCCACUGGGUAAUGCAUGCAUUUGAUUUCGGAUUCAGGUUUUUACUGUUGUUAAGUGCACACAUCAUCACACUCGCUGACUUAGAUUCUGUCAGGAACAUUUCAACGAACCCUUGACAUACCUUGGGAUCAACACACACAAACACCUCU